CCCACUGACGCUAUAGGGUAUGGUCAAGUAUAAAAACAAGGGUUAAAUCAGAUAGGACAGCAGUGCAGCAUUAACUGAAGGAAAAGCAGCAUGUCACCCAAAAAAAGUGCCAUGUCCGACAUGAGCAAGGGCAAGAUCACCUUCUAUGAGGACAAGAACUGUCAGGGUCGCUCCUAUGAGAGCAAUGGCGACUGUGACAAUAUAUCCUCCCACCUGAGCAGAUGUAACUCCUUCAGGGUGGAGUAUGGAUUCUUCAUGGUCUACGACCGCCCCAACUUCACGGGAAACCAAUAUUUCGUUAGAAGAGGAGAAUUUGCUGAUCACAUGAGUUUGAUGGGCUUGAAUGGCGGGAUUAAGUCUUGCUGUCAAAUCCCCUUGUAUAGUGGAUCCUACAGGAUGAGGAUCUAUGAGAGGGAGAACUUCGGUGGUCAGAUGUAUGAGAUGAUGGAUGACUGUGAAGACAUCAUGGAUCGCUACCACAUGUCCGACUGCAUGUCCUGCCACGUGAUGGACGGACACUGGAUGAUGUACGAGCAGCCCUACUUCAGAGGAAGGAUGAUGUAUCUGAGGCCCGGAGAGUACAGGAGCUUCAGGGAGAUGGGAUACGGAGGCAUGAGGUUCAGGAGCAUGAGGAGGAUCACGGAUAUGAUGUAGAAAUCCAAAAAAGAAAUAGAAUAAAAAUUAAACAACAACUAAG